GCAUUUAGUGUUCGUGCUGUGUAGAGGCAUUAAAAUCGAAUUUUUGUGUUGUUAUAUGCCAGUACGCUUCUGUUACUUUUUUUUCUGUUGGGUGAAGCGUUCUGCCAGAAAACAUUUCCCGCACCCCGCACAUCAGUGUAGGCUGAUCUGAUACGGAGAGUGUGAUUCCGGAUCGGUGAAUACCGGAGUGUCGAAAGCAGAUUUGGCUGUUGGGUAGCAUUAUACCUGAACCUCCCGAAAGUUUCGCUCGAGUGUAUGUGUGUGUAUGCAGGAAGACGAAGCAUAGAAUAAAGAAAACAAGCAAUCGACCGCGAAGAAUAAGAGUUCAACAAUUUUAAAGUGCUCUGAACUACAACGUCAGACAACCCCAUUUCGUGUGUGUUCGGUGAAGAGGAGAACCGAAAAAAAGUGGUUUUAAAAAAUUUCGAACAAACAGUUUCCCCAUCAGGCAGCAGCUGUCAACUGAAUUUUUGUGGAUAUCAAAAAUUUAUAAUUGCAAAGCUCGGACCAGUCGGAGAUUUAAUCCAAGCGCGGAGCGACACAGAGAUACAUCAACUGCAUCAACUUUUAAUUACAAUUCCGUUCUAACAACCACAAAACAGUAAAGCCAUGGGUAAAGCACAGAGUAAGCGUUCGGUCGAUAUAACGACGGACCCGACCAAGGAUGGCAUAGUCACAGAGGGCACAGGCAAGCUGGAAAAGAUUGAAGACGUCGAUCAGCUCAAAUCACAGGCCAACGGCGAUGCACAGCACAACGAGGGCGAAUCGGAGAAGAAGGUCGAAACGGAUGCCGCCGAAAACGAGAAAGACUCCAGCACAGAAAAAGAGAGCACCACUGCUGGGGGUGCAGGUGAUGCCAGUGUCGCCAGUGCCAGUUCCCCGAUCACAGAAAAAGCCGAGUCCGAUUCGGACGCAGCCAACAAGACACAGGAAAACGGCAGUGCCGACGAAACGCUAAACGACAGUAAGUCCGCAGAGGACAGCAAUAAAAAGCCGAAAAAGGUCAAAAAGAAAUGGUCCUUCCGAAGUAUCUCGUUCAGCAAGAAGGACAAACAGAAGCCCGUCAAGAAGGACAAGGAAGGUGAGGAUAAGGUGAACGGCGAGUGCGAGAAAGUUCCUGAAGAGCCAACUGAGGAUGCUGCUGCAGCUGCCGCGGCCGCUGCCCCAGCGACGAGCGCCACCGAGACGAAAACCGAGGCCGAAGUUGUCCCCGAAGUCGUGAAAGCGGUUGAGGAAUCAACCGUGGAAGCCGUCGUCGCCUCGCCCGCCCAAGAGACUGCCCCUGCCACUGCGGAAACCACCCCGGCCACCGAAACUGCCCCCGCUCCAGCUGCUGAAGCUCCCGCCCCGGUCCCAGCCGUUGAGAACGGCAAACCGGAAGAGAAGAAGGUAGAAGAGAAAAAGCCAGCCCCCGUCGCCCCCGUCGCAGAACCGGAAUCGGUGCAGGAAAUCGAAAAAGUGGUCGAACCGGCCGUUGUUGAGGUAAACAAAGCAAAAGAAGUCGAACAGACGCCACCGGCGGCGGAGGUAGCCGCCGUUCAGACUGAAACCAAAUCCGAACCUAUUGUUGUUGAGCAAAAAGAGAAACCAGUAACCGAAGUAGUAUGCGACAAACCGACAGCGGAGGCGGCGGCGGUGGCGACGGAAGCUGCACCGGUAGUGGCCGAAGUCGUUGCUGAAACCGCUUCUGCUGAACCGGUUGUCGUCGCUGAUAAUGGUGAUAGCACGCCUCCACCUCCUCUGCCCUCCAUUCCUCCUCCCUCCCAGGUGAUGGUAUUUGCAGAAGCUUCCAUGUCCCAGGGUACUACCGAACCCGAACCCGAUUCCCUGAAUUCGAUCCCGGAACCGUCCCCCUUGCCGGAAGUUCAGCAGGAAAAGAAACAAGAAGAACAGGUUGCUGUGGUAGAAGAGAAGGCCGUUUCAGCUCCAGUUGAGGCUACUCCGGCUCCAGUUGAGGCUGCUCCAGCUCCAGUUGAGACUGCAGUAGCGGAAGAACCAGUCGCCGAGAAGAAGGUCGAAGAGAAACCAGUCGAAGCGACUCCAGUACCAGCCGUCACCGAGGAAGUCAAGAAGGAAGAGGUUCCAGUUCCGGUGGUUGAAGAGAAAGUCGUCGAGAAAGUAGUUGAAGCAGUGCAAGCCGCUGUCCCGGUUGCAGAAAAGGUCGCUGAACUAAAGGAAACCGUCUCGGAGGUUGUCGAUCAGAUUCUGGACAAAGCCGUCGAAAAGGUUGAGGAACAGGUUGCGGCCCCAGUCGCCGAAGAGCCGAAGCCAGUUGAAGCACCCAAGGAAGAGGCCAAGGUUGAGGAAAAACCAGUGGACGCCGCACCUGCGCCAGUGGAAGAAAAACCUGCCCCGGUUGAAGAAAAGCCCAUUGUUCCGGUGGAAGAGAAGCCGGUUGAAGCCACACCAGCUCCAGUAGAGGAAAAACCCACCCCAGUUGAAGAGAAGCCAGUUGAAGCCGCUCCAGCUCUAGUGGAGGAGAAACCCGCCCCAGUGGAAGAGAAGCCAGUUGAGCAAGCGCCAGCCCCACUGGAGGAAAAGCCAGCUCCAGUAGAACAAAAGCCAGUCGAACCAACGCCAGCUCCUGUCGAAGAGAAACCCGUUGAAAAGGUGACAGCUCCAGUGGAGGAAAAGUCCGCCCCAGUUGAGGAGAAGCCAGUUGAAGCCGUCCUAGCUCCAGUGGAGGAGAAACCAGUUGAGCAAGCGCCUGCCCCAGUUGAGGAAAAGCCAGCUCCAGUUGAGGAAAAGCCAGUCGAACCAACGCCAGCUCCUGUCGAAGAGAAACCCAUUGAAAAGGUGACAGCUCCUGUAGAGGAAGCAAAACCAGUGGAAGAGAAGCCCGCCCCGGUGGAAGAAGCAAAACCAGUCGAACUUGUCCCAGCGCCUGAACCCCUCUCGGAAUCCGACGAAAUCAGCAACACAAUUGACGAUCUGCCACCGCCACCACCACCACCAGCCACCGACGAUGAGCCGGCGCUAGAUUCGCUUCCCUCGCCGCUUCCCACGAUUGCAGCUGCCGCACCAGCCGAUGCUACCGCCGCCGACGAACAGAAUCUCUCCGUCGAUAUUUCCUCUCCACUUCCACAGAACUCGCUCGAAUCUCUUCCAUCACCGCCCACUCUGUCCCAGAGUGAUGCCAUGAGCUUACCUCCCCCGCCAGAAUCUCCCUCCGCCACACUGACCUCGCUGGAGGCCACUGAACAGCCACUUCCCGCUGCUCCCGUUUCCGAACCUUCUGCACUUCCCACGCCUCCAGAAUCCGCCCCGGUAACCACCUCCGAAUCACAGCCAGAGACUCAGGCCCCGGUCGUAGUAGCGGAAGAGAAGCCAGUAGUGGAAGAGACGACGACAUCGACGGCGGCGGUAGAGAAAACACCCGUGACAGAAAAACAGGUGACGGUGGCGGCGGCGACGACGACGGCGGCAGUAGCACCAGCACCAAGCAAGAAAGAAGAUCAGGUGGUUGAAGAGAAGGAAAAACUAGAGGCGCCGGCGCCGCAGCCAACCGAAGCAACGGAGAUUGUCGUCAAAAAGCAAAACGGAACCGCCGCCGUCGAGAAUGGAACCACGGAGAACGGAACGACCGAAAAUGGCACGGCAGCUGCAGUGGAAAACGGCCAGAACGGCGUGCACGAGACGUCCACCACGGAGAGCAUGAACGGUGAUACCGCACACAAAAAGGAGGAUAAAAUUCCAGAAAAGGCAGCUCAGCUUCAGCAACCUCCGCCAGCAGCAGAAGUAACGGCUGAAUAAAUCUAUUGAUUAUUAUUAUUAAUUAAUUAAUUAUAAUCGUAAAUAUAAAUACCGAUGAGCAAGCAAAGCGGGAGGAGAAAAAAAAAGCAAAUAAAACCAGGAAUACUUUUCUUCUGAGAGGAACAAAACACACACCACAAUGCAUUGAACAAAUUUCAUAACCAACCGAAGAAACCAUAAUAGAAUCCGGAAAACAGAUGGAGCAUUCAGAACGCAACACACCACGCAGCAGCGCCGCGAGAGAAGCAAAAUCAAGAAGAAACCAUUUUUACAUAUUUUUUAAAAAUUUAAAGUUAUAUUAUAAUUAAUUUUAUGAAAACGCUAAAAAAGAAGAAACUCCAUAAAUACUUUCAGAAUACACAUAUAUUAGAAGGGUUCGAGAAUUAAAAAAAAAGAAAGCAUUAAGCAAAUCACAUGUCGUGUGUGUAGAGAGAUGCAUCGAAACAAAUGGGACGGAUUCACUGUUCGGAUACGUUGUAAGGCAGAGGCACCACAUGUUUUUUUCUUUCUUUAAGUUUAGUGAAAAAUAAAAAGAGAAGAUAAUUCAAGCUGCAAGCGCUAA